CUAGUUUCUUGAUCAGUGAGGUGCUAGUAUAAUCAUCAUUGAUCAAGUGAUAGGAUGACUGAACAGAAAUUACAUUUCUUGUCACUGUGAGAACACCACAUUUAGACUGAUUUAGGGUCAUACGCCAUACUUGACACCACUGGAGAUCCCUAACGUCCUGGGCUUUACUUAUUGCACGAUAACACUUGGUGUCAUCAGCAAACAGGGCUACGGACGAUGUUGUGGUCUGUUGAGGUAAGUCAUUCACGUACAUAAGAAACAACAGAGGUCCAAGUAUUGAGCCUUGAGGAACACCUGAUAGUAUGGGAAUUGGAUACGAUGUCUUGCCUAGGACAGUGACUUUCUGAUGGCGGUAUGUAAGGUAGUUUUGAAACCAAUUAAACAGGUUUCCACAAAUUCCAAAGUUACUUAGUUUUUUUUAGUAGAAGCUUAUGAUCAACUUUGUCAAAGGCUUUUGAGAAAUCAAGAUAAAGAAUAUCAGUUUGGAUUCUUUGGUCAAGUGAUUUCCCAAUUUCAUGAAGAACUUGCAGCAGCUGUGACGCAGUAGACCUCGCCCUGAGAAACCCAAAUUGAAGGUUAUGCAGCUGACUUGACACAUGGUUGAUAAUUUGAUCAUAGAUGCAACGUUCUAGGACUUUAGAAACUAUGGGAAGUAAAGAUAUUGGUCGGAAGUUCGAAACAUCAUUCUUUACACCACCUUUAGGAAUAGGUAUUACGUUGGAGAUCUUCCAUUCUGCUGGGAUUUUGCCUGAACUCAAACUUUUGUUGAAGAGAUCACUAAGCGAUGAAGAUAUAUAUGGAGCACAACAUUUGAGCAAUGUAGCUGGAAUACUGUCUGGACCUUUAGCUUUGUUGUCAUCAAGAGAAAGAAGAAUACGUCUAACGUCAUCAGGUGAAAUUGUGAUAUCACCUAAUGGAUUGCAGGAAGUUGUGUUCGGUCGGGACUGGAUGAGCAUCGUAAUCUUCUUGGGAUAG